AUGGGCGUCUGCGCUUCGUCUCCAACCAUCAAGCUCAAGAGAAAUGGAGGCAGAAGCAGUAGCAGACAAGAAGGAACAAGCUCGGACUACAUCGGACGUCCAAAAGGGAUUGUCGUGAUCGACGUGGACGGUGAUCAGGUGCAAGAGUUGAAGCAACCGACCCAAGCCAGGGGGAUCAUUUCGCAGUAUCCCAACCAUGUUCUCUGCAACUCCGAAGCCAUGUCCGUCGGCACGUGCGCGCCUCACGUGCCCGACGACGAGGAGCUUCAACCGGGUCAAAUUUAUUUUCUGGUGCCACUCCGCCAGGCCCAGAAUCCGCUUUCUCUACCGGAACUUUGUAAUCUCGCAAUAAAGGCCAGUUCUGCACUGGCGAAAAGAUGA